AUGUCGAAUUAUGUAGAUUACAAUCAAAAGAUUGAUUAUGUUUUCAAAAUUGUGCUAAUUGGAGAUUCAGCAGUUGGGAAAUCACAGCUUCUUGCAAGGUUUGCAAGAAAUGAAUUCAGUGUGGAUUCUAAAGCCACCAUUGGGGUUGAAUUCCAAACAAAAACGCUUGCUGUGGAUAACAAGACCGUCAAAGCACAGAUUUGGGACACUGCUGGCCAAGAAAGGUACAGGGCAGUGACGAGCGCCUACUACCGGGGAGCAGUUGGUGCUAUGUUAGUUUAUGACAUGACCAAGCGUCAGUCAUUCGAUCACAUGGCCAGAUGGCUGGAGGAACUGAGGGGGCAUGCUGAUAAGAACAUUAUCAUCAUGCUCAUCGGCAACAAGUGUGACUUGGGAAGUCUUCGAGCAGUUCCAACCGAAGAUGCUGAGGAGUUUGCUCAGAGGGAGAAUCUAUUCUUUAUGGAGACAUCAGCACUUGAGGCCACCAAUGUUGAAACUGCUUUUUUGACAGUGCUGACAGAAAUAUAUAGGAUAAUCAGCAAGAAAACUCUUGCUGGCAAUGACGAGUCUGAUGGAAAUCCAGGUCUCUUCAAGGGAACUAGGAUUUUAGUUCCUUCACAAGAGCAGAAUUCUGGAAAUAAAGGUUGUUGCAUGUAA